UGAAAUUGAAAUUACAAUUUUAAUUAAAUUUGUAAACAUUAAAAAACAAUUAAAAAUGAUAAUUGAAGUUCAAACUAAACAUUAAUCAUAAAAACUGUACUUAAGUAAACUACUUCAUAGUUAAAUUAAACCAAAAGUAUAAAAAAAAAUCAUAAUUAAAUCUUAUUUAAAUUCAUCAAUUCAAAACAAAACAAAUUUAAGCAAAUUAAUUGACUUAAGAUGAAAUUAGAACAUCAAAAUAAAAAAGCAAAAAUGCAGUCAGAUGAUGAAGAAAUGCCCUCAAGUUCAUCUGGAAAUAGUAUUAACUCUGUUUUGACAGAACAAGAAACCAAUAACUGCUCACAAACCCUGAAUAAAUUCAUUGAAAAUAACAAGAAGAACAUUAAGGAAAAUGAUUUAAAAUCCAUUUUAAAAGACUUGAUUAAUGCAAUCGAAGCAAAGCAUUUAGAAAAAUUAGCUUUUGAAAAUAUAUCACUAGAUAAUAUCAAUGCUCAAUUAGAAAAUGAGACAAUUAAACUUAAACUACCAGAAACUAAAAAGAUCAACAGUCCCAACGAUUAUAUUGAAGAUAUCAGAAAUGUCGGCAAUCUUCUUAUUUCCAUCUUAGAUAUUUUAUGCGACAACAAAGUAAACUUUGAUAAAAUCAAAACAAUUUGCGAUUCUAAUAAAAAAAUUAAUCACAUUGCUGAAAAUAUAAAAAAUCCCCGUUGGAUUAAAAUUGAAAAUCCAAGAAUCUUUGCAGAUUUAAUAAUUCAAUUUUUAGAUGUUGAAUGUCAAAAUUACAAAUUAAUUCAGAGUAUUAAGGAUCACGCUUAUUUAAAAGAAGUAAAUGUUACCAAUGAAUGUUCAAACUCACAGCAAAAAAUCACACUUAAGGAAUUUAUUGAUAAGCAUGAAAUUAAUGAAAAUACAUUUAAAUAUAUUGUAAAAAUGUUACUUAAUGAAUUGGAAAGUAAGCAUUCAUCUAAACUUUGCGUGCAUGACAUUACAAUUGAUUCUAUUUCAAUAAGAAUGGAACAAGAUAGAGCAAAACCUAAGCUUUUGGAUGUGAAAGAGGAUGGAAAGAUUUCAACAGAAACCAAAUAUUUAAAUAAAAUAAAGGAAGUUGGAAAACUUUUACUUUCUCUUUUUAUUCCAUCUGAGGACCUUGAUGUUACCAUCAAAAUGAUUGCUGAGUCACCGGAUUAUAAUAAAAAGUUGCAAUGCUGCUUUAAAAAAAUCAUGUUUCCUACAUGGAUUCAGCCAAAUAACAAAAAACUAUUUGCAGACUUAAUUGUGUGCUUGAUCAAUGUUAAAAAAGCAAACAAUCCAAGAGCUAAAGAGUUCAAAGCACAUCCAUACUUUUGGGAUGAAGACAGAAUUUCAAAAUUUAUCGAUAAAAUCAACAGUAGAUUGAAUAUGAGUACGGAUGGUGCCAGCAAAGAUGAUAAAAGGAAGGAACUAGUCAAUCAAAGAAAAGAAGUGCUUGAAGAAUUAAUGCCAAAAGAUUAUAAUUGGAGACACAAGCUAGGAAAUACAAUUUCUGUGUUUUAUCCAAAAGAAAACAGCUGGAGCGAAUUGAUCAAGUUCAUCAGGAACAGGGACACACACAGCGAUGAUUUUACCGACAGUGAAACUGAAUGCAAAGAAAAUAAUGAAAAAAUCGAAGCCAGCCCUAAACAAAAGACCGCAACAAAAGACCACACAGCAUUAAAACAAUUGUCCAAAUUCUUUUCAACUUACAGUGGACCUCUGUCAUUUUUCCUUGCUCAUUUGGACGAUCUACUGUAUGAAUUGUUCAAUCAUUUUCGUCUUUAUGCCAAUCAUAAGAUAAUUCAGCAAUUUUACUGUAAAUCAUUUUUAUUUGAGGAUCCCAACAAUGCUUAUGCCAAUGCAGUUGUGAUUGUAAAUAAAAAGCAUAAAUCGGCUGAACAAUCAAAACCGGCAAAGCCUGAUACUCCAAAGCCAUCAAAAACGAUUGCCAAAAACCAAAAACCUAAUGAUAGAAGUAUAUCAAAAACCAAUCAACCAGAUAUGUGUAAUAAUAACCGAAAUGCUAGCAUAAGAAAAACAUCGAAUCGUGAAAAAAAGAUUGAAGAUGCGACAAAAAAACCAAUCAGAUGUUACUUAUUAUUUUAAAAAAAAAUGGCCUCGAUAUAUUUUGUAUUAAUAUAAAUUUUAAAUGUUAAAUCUGAUCGAGGGGCGUAGAUUAAAAUUUCAUACAAAUAUUUUGGUUUUUUUUUUUGAAAAACCUUUUUUAAAAUUUAAAUAGCAAUUAAUUAACAUAAGUUAAUUAGCUUAAAGCAAGAACAAUAAAAUUAGCAUUAAAAAAAAUUAAUGGGUACCUCCCACCCCCUCUCCCCCACGCCCCUUAAAAAAUCCUGCCUACGCACCGGAUCUGAUGCUAUGUAGGCUAAUAAUUGGCUACAUUGGUUUUCAGAGAAAAGUUCUUAGAGUUUUCAUAACUACAAAUAAAAGAGUUCUGUUGAGUCCUAAUUCGUCCAAAAACUAAUAAAACUAGUCGUCAUGAGGGAUGUCAUUAAUUUUUCUGAAAAAUAUCUAGUAAGCCUAGUCUUAAGACAAGACAAAAGUAAAACAAGUUUAGCUAUAACAUUUCAUGAUGAAAAUAAAACCAAUUAAAUCAAGUUUAAUUGAAAUUUGCAAUAAAUCCAGUUUUGAACAAAAAUCAAGAAUAUGCAAACAUUUAUUAAUGACGUCAAGAGUUCUCAAUAUUGUAAAAAGCUUAACGAAAC